CCUGCCAGUCUACUUUUAGCCGCACCUCACCGCCCGCCCUACCGUAGACUCCUUCACAUUCCUUUACGCUGCGAUACUCGAUCUGUUCUCCACGCAUCAGACGGAGGGCGUCCUCCUUUCCAUUUUCAGCUGCUGCUGACGCCAGACGUCAUGUCCUCUUCGUAUACGCACAACGACCAUGCCUAUGCCGGUGGAUCCUACGCCAGCUACCAAGGCGGAACCUCUCACAACCACAGCCAAAACCAAAGCUACAAUCACGGGCCUUCCUCCUCAUCCACGUCGUCUUCGCCCUACACAUCCGCUUCUCAACCUCCUCCGUCUUCCUAUGCUCCCGAUGGUACCUCACGGCUUGCUAGGGAUGGCACACAGCGUACCGCCCAGACUCACACAAGUCGCCAGUCUUCGCGCUAUACAGAGGGAGCACCCACCACGACCAAGACCCGCUCCAAUGGCGAUCGUGCGAGCAGGAGUGGCGGGACAACUAGCAACGUCUCUCGUGGAUUGGCACUCCCCCUGAGCACCCCUCGUCAGCUGGGGACCGGUCUGAUCCCUUCCAGGAGCUCGGCGUGGUUUCUGCUCGUAGUCGUCCUCGAAUCACUUACGGUCAUCGGUCUAGUGGCGGCUGUAUUUGGCAUCGUAGAGGUACGGACAGAGACGCUCUCGCAAGAUGCAAAGACGGUGCCCGUCUUUCUUGCGCUCCUCGUCUUUGGCUUCCUCUUCUUCAUCGUAAUGGCGCUGGACGCCUUUAGGCUACACAACACUAUUCAAAUUUACGGCUGUCUGAUCCUCAAUCUCGCACUGCUCAUCACUGCAGCUCUGCAGAUUUCUCAAGUGAGAGAUGCGUUUGUGAAUCAGGAUGAGGCAGGGUUGGGAGUACCCUGCGUGAAUAGACGCAGUCGACGCUGCAAUGCUGUACGGACCCUCUACCCCGAUAUAGAGCCCCUCCUCAUCGCUGUCCCCGUGGUAGUGGGCGUGGCUCAGGGCCCCCUCACGUACUUUACCCUGAAGCUCUCUCAAGACUUUGGUUGGGAAAUCUAUCGCAAGAUCGGUGCGGACCUACGCAAAAGACGCAUGAUGCUCGUGUACCAGAUCUUCGUCUGCUUCCUCAAGUACACUGGGUUCUUCGGCUUGGCAUUCUGCAUAGCCUAUCUCAUCCUCGUCUCCAAGCGACACGAUGUAGAGUUUGCACUUACCAUCGCUGCUAUACCUGCAGCGAUUGUAGUAUUGUUCCUGAGUGCAAUUGCGGUGCAAAAGGAGCUGAGGAGCUUGAUGUCCUUUUGUGUGCUGUGCAUGCUUGCUGGGAUCGCCUACUUCAUAUUCAAGAUCACGAGAAUCUUUGAGCCCGAAACGGAGCAGCAGUACAGAACUGUUCGACUCAGUCUCACCUUCUUUUCCGUCCUCUCCAUCCUCUCCCUCCUCACAACCCUCGCCCUAGCCAUCGUCUGUACCCUCAACUUCGGCAAAGGCCUCAAGGAAGCUCACGAGACAAUGGGCGGUCUACUGGGAACGUUCAACAGGAGAGCGGCAAGGAGGAGACAGGAUGAGGCUCAGCCUGUUGAGAUUGAAGCGGGGGAAAAGGAGGGAGAGGAAGUCAGUGGAAGUGGCGAUGGAAGAUUAGCUGGGGUGGGAGAGGAGGACGAAGAGGAUGAUGAAGCUGCUGAGAGUCGUAGCUCUCUUGGUCGUGCAGGUCGCGGGCAAGGUCAAGAACAAGGAGCUACAGCGACAGUGGCGCCAGCGGCAGCGACAGGUGGGGCGAGCUAUUCGAGCUACGAGCCACCCUUACAGCAACACCAAGACCACCCCUACUACCCAGCCUCCUCUACGCUCGACUCACCCCACCACCCAAGCAUGAGCACCACGACACCAGGGACGGGAUACUCCUCCACAUCCAGUCCCACAAGUGCACGACCGUCGCGCGCUCUCCCCUACUCGAAUCAGGAGGAUGAAGCCAUUACCGGUCGACACGGUGCCCGUGCGCAAUCUGGCUACGCUCCCAGCUUCCUCUCUAACACGACAGGGAACACUCACACUACUGCGUCCGGUAGACGCACGAGCGGGACAGGCAGGGGACCCCUUCCGCCUGUGCCGAUGCCUACUGCCGGUGCGCAGGCGGGGGCGGGUCAGGGUGCUGCGCCGGCUUUGCAGAGGAGGAUCUCCCUGGAUUAGAACCUACGUAGUUGGGGUGAUCUGCUGGUAUUAUACCUCUGAGAGGCUCGAUGGUCACCUUUUUUCUUGCUCUCAUUCUUGUCGUCGGUCUCUCCUUGUUACUUUCUCACUUCUCACUACUCUCCCGUCACCAGUCACUCUCAAUUGUCAAUUGUCACCAGUCCUCUCACCCUCUCCACACACUUCUCGCUUCCACUGUCCAGCUGUACGCUCCAUGGCGCGAUGGCUUCGACUCUUCCUCCUCCUUCUAGAUAGACGUACCUUUUCUUCCCUCCCCUUUCCCCUUUCCCUUUCCCCUCCCUGGCACAACGCCGUGCUUUGAAACUCGCGAUACCCUUCUCUCUCCCUUCCUCCGCCUCUCUUUUUCUACCGCCUCUGUACCACCUUCUUUUUUGUCCUCUUUGUUAGAAAUGUACUACUACUUAUUCA